AUGUCAGAAUACUGGAAAUCCACGCCUAAAUACUGGUGCAAGCACUGCGAGACCUAUGUUCGCGACACAAAACUCGAGCGCCAAAACCAUGAAUCUACCGCCAAACAUCAAGGCGCACUGAAGCGCUUCCUCCGCGAUCUGCACCGUAACCACGAGCGAGAAGAACGCGAAAAAGACCGCGCCAAGCGGGAAGUCGAACGUCUCAAUGGAGUUGUUGGAGCUUCAUCUGCAGCGGCAGGUCCGUCGUCAAGACCCGCGCCGCGCACACAACAGAGCGCACCGACAGAAGCGUCUUUGAAGAAACAGAGAGAACAGCUUGCUGCGAUGGGUGUCGCGAUGCCGAGUGACUUCCGACCUGAGAUGGCUAUGCCUGGCGAGUGGACGGUCACGAAUACGAGAAUUAUCGAGGCGAAGACAGAAGAAGACGAAGAAGCAAAGGUGGAGGCUAGAGCCAAUGGUGUACGGAAGCGCGAAGCAACGGAGGACGAGAAGGAAGAAGAAAACGCUGUGCGCGGACUGUUCAAGAAGCCUAGACGAUGGGGACGAGACUCAAAAGCUAUGCCACAACAAGAAGACCAGGAACUCGAUGCGCUACUCAGCGGAUCGACGUUUACACCUAGGACCGUGAAGGAGGAAACAGAGGAUACGACGAAUGUCAAGAAGGAGGAGGAUGCGACGCCGGAUACAGCUGUGAAGGCAGAAGAUGCGACAGAAGUCAAGACGGAGGAUAACACAGACGUCAAGACAGAAGCACCUGCUGAACCUCUGAUAAAGCCAGAGCCAGAGGAGGCUGAGUCGGGAGUACAGACUGUGGUGUUCAAGAAGAGAAAGCCCAAGGGCAUUCGACAAAAGUGA